AGGAGGGGAAGGGAUCCCGUUUCCCCCCACACGCUCCGGGCCCACCCCAACUUUUAUGGCUCCUCCAGCCGGCCGCCUCUCCUGCUUCUUCGCGGUCUCUCGCUCCCCGGCUGGGUCCGGUCGCAGCAGCGGGCCGAAAGGGGCAGCCGUCGGGGCAAAGAGCGCCGGAGCGCCCCCUGCCGCUGCCCUCCGCUCCGGGGUCGGGCGGGAUCCAGUGUCCGAGGCGGCCCCAGCUGCAUCCGGCGGGGACAUUCCAAGGCGCGCUUGGGUUUUCUUGGGCGGCCGCUAAGCCCCGGGCUAUAAAUACGCUCCCGGGAAGAUUCCUCCCAAGGAUCGUCUGUCUGUUGACUGCAGGACGACGCUCCGAAGGGCGGGAGCAGCCCCCCACCCCCACCAGACCCUGGAUCCGACGCCCCCCGCCAUGGCUGCCCCGCGACCCCUCUCGCUCCUGCUCUGCUUUGCCCUGGUGACAUUGUGCCAGGGUGGUUGUGUGGAGGUGGAUUCGGAAACUGAGGCCGAGGCCGGCAACCACUUCAAGAUCCGGUGCAUCUCGUGUAAGAAGCGCAGCGAGACCGAGGCCGAGGCCUUCACCGAGUGGUUCUUCAGGGAGGAAGGGACGGAGGAGUUUGUCAAGAUCCUUCGUUAUGAUGCCUACGAAAAGCUCAACGUGAUGGAUCCUCGCUUCGAAGACCGGGUGGUAUGGAAUGGCACCAAGAAGAUCGCGGACUUGCAGGACGUUUCCAUCUUCAUUACUAAUGUGACCUAUGAACACAAGGGCGACUACAUCUGUAGCGUCAACCGCACGCUUCAUUUUGCUAAUGAGUUCUAUCACAACAUCAUGGUCAACAAGAGCAUUCACCUUGAUGUAGUCGCCAAAGCUAACCGGGACAUGGCGUCCAUCGUCUCUGAAAUCAUGAUGUAUGUCCUCAUCGUUGUCUUGACCAUCUGGCUGGUGGCUGAGAUGAUCUACUGCUACAAGAAGAUCGCUGCGGCGACGGAGGCGGCAGCUCAAGAGAAUGCCUCCGAGUACUUGGCCAUCACAUCAGAAAGCAAGGAAAACUGUACAGGGGUGCAGGUAGCUGAAUAGCCUGUGCAGGGCUGUUGGAGGGCGCAGGUAUUCCUGAUUGACAGGGACGAGGCUUCGACGAGGAACGGAGGAGAGGCAGAGUGACUCAGCAGAGACAGCAGCAGCCCCUAAGAAGAAUUGAGCUGGAGCCAAGCAGGCCCUCUCCUCGCACCCCGCACUCCACUGCACGGCCGUUCUCCUUAACAAAGCAUGCUAUUUUUACUAACAGAGCUCUGUAUCCGACCCAGCUGCCCAGGGACAGACGAGUGUGUGUGUUUCUAAGGGGAAAGGGUGGUUCGUUCCCUGGCAGGCACCUUGCUCUUUUAGACACAUUCUUUCACCUUCUGACGAGCGAGAGCUGCCCCUGCUGCGAUGCAUGAUGGGAAAGCGGCAUGGCUGCUUGCUCACGUACCGCAACGCUUGGGGCCCUCCCCCGCCGCGGCCCCGAGCCGGCCGAAGGCCUCUUUCCUUUACGGGCACUUGCACUUCUGCUUUCUGAUUCUUUGCACAUUUCCUGCGCUUCGAGUUCUUUCGGUUACUUCGCUACCAGCACUUUCUACGGGUCUGAGGAGAGGAGGCCCCUGCGGUUGGAAUUACCUGCCCUACCCUUCUCCCGUUCAUUUCAUGUCCUGGGCCUCUCUAUCUUGACUUCUGAGUUCCCAGAAUGGCCGCAGUUGUGUUCAAGUUGGCCACAACCUGCCUGUCCUCAAGGCCUGACUCACACAAGGGACCUUAAGGUGGCUGACACUAUUGUUCUACUAAGGGAACACCGGUGAUGGGCGAAAUAUCUGGUAUGGAUAUGGACAUGAAUGGUGAUGCUCUUUAAGGCCUAUUCCAGCAGGCGUCAGCAACGUCGUUUUCUGACAGGAUUUCCCUCAAGGCUGUCACCCAGACGGAGGAUUUGUUCAAGACCUCACGCGGAUGGGAGACUCCACAGAACAGAAAUCGGAUUGGAGGGAGGCCCUUGGAUUCAGAUGUUUCUCCACGGUGUCCCUGAUGUUUGUUCCUGUCGUGCCCUUCACUGCGUCUUGUCGAAUUUGCGUCCCAUCUUGGCCUUUGCAUUUGGUACAAACGAGUUCCUGCUACAAGGCCUUCAUGCCUCCCCCUUCCACAAAAUUUCCCUCAAUCCAGCGCCGCCUAUCAGGCCAUUUUGGCUCUUUGGAGAAAACUGUGCCCUCCCCUCUCCUCAGACCCCGGGGCUGGUCUGAGGGACCAGCUGCCAUCACAAUAGAAUAGGGUUUGUUGAUAAAUAAAAGACGAUUGAAUUUCA